UUUAUUUUUAUUCAAGAACAUUCUGCUGGGAAAAUAUUGAAAUAACUGAAAUUCAAACAUUAUGAAAAGAACUUUAGUUGAGUAACAUUUAAAGAGUAAACGUAUGAUUCCAAUCUGUAUGUAUACCGCAUAGUGGACAUAGUCUGAUAGUGAACGAUGAAAAACGAAAAGGAAUAGAACUUUACGAAUUAUGCUUCAUCAUGUCUCGUAAACUGUUUUUUUUUUAUUUAAGAACAUUCUGCUGGGAAAAUAUUGAAAUAAAUGAAAUUCAAACAUUAUGAAAAUAGAUUUAGUUGAGUAAUAUUUACAGAGUAAACGUAUGAUUUCAAUCUGUUUGCCUACAGUGAAAGAGAACCACAUGCUAUUGUCCACCACUUCAUAAUAACACUGAUUGUGUUCAGUGAUGCUCGGUCAUAGAAAAACAAUUCAGAUAUCUUUCGAAUGCUAAUUACUUUACUUAAGCUUUGAAAAAAUAAUUUUAAUAAUUGUUAAUGUAACAAUUAUUUCACAAACACCAACAAAACGUGUUAUCUUUUUAUUGAUACAGCCAGUAAAAUCAAGUUUAAUAUGAGUUUAUUUGCUUCGAAUUUUCUUUGUCGUAUAAUAUUUGACACCCUUUGAUGACUACUUGUAAAGCAGUUUUUAUUUUAAUAUAAUUGUCCUCUUUUUCAUAUAAUAAAUACUACAGAAUUUGAAAUUUUCAUAUUUAAUGUAAUGUUAAAAAAUAGUGUUUGAUUUCAUUUACUCUCUCAUCUGCAAUAUUAAAGCAAAACUUCAUUAGUUUCUUCUGUUGCAACCGAUUUUGAUGUUUUUAUGAUAAAUUUGUUUGUUUCAUCUUAACGUUUAUUGGCAUUGAUUGGAUGGUGUAGACUUGCCAUUAGUUUAGCGUGUACAUUGAGAAUUAAUCGAUGCACGCUCAAUAUAGUAAAAUAAUUUUUUUUCCGGAGCGCAGAAAAAUAACAUCGCAAAAUGUCAUGACUCUUUUCUGUUCGAAGUCUUGCGCAACUUUUGAAAUUAGAUUUACAACAUACGUAUAUAGCAUUGCGACGCCCUAUGACUUUUUACGGGACAUUGUCUAAUAACAAAUACAACUUGAACUUCUUGUACAAAAAAAAACUAUGGAAAAUGAAAUUCAUAAAUUGGUGAGUUAUCUUUCAUUCUAAUUGGUCCUAAUGUAAUAAGGGUUAUUUAUCUACAUGAGGCCCGGUCAAGGGAAAAACUUGGAUGUUGAACCCACCUAAAACCCACCAUUAUCAAUCGUAUCACCAGAAAGAUUCAUGCAUUCAGGGCAGACUUCGGACCCUAGAACUUCAAGGUCAUGUCUAACAUGACUUGGCAAAUUGAGAAAUUCAUAAAAAGCAAGCAUGAUAUAUCUCGGGGGUGUUUAUCUUGCUGACUCGUAUGCAAGGCCCCUGUGAAAAAUAUCAGUCAGCUGACAUGAGCCUCGACGAGCAGUUUAUCAUCCGAUUUCGUUACUAAUUAGAAAAGAAUGGAUAUUGGCGGCAUUAGUCCAGUAGCAACGGUGCUUUUGUCCUGCUUGGUAAGCUUUUUAGGAUAUAGAUUCUUCCUCUGGAUGGUGGCAGUAUGGAGAGAAGUCAAGAGAAUCCUUCAUAUUCGACGCACUCUUCCAGGCCCCAAACCUCACUGGUUGUUCGGCAAUGUCCUUCAACAACCUGGACCACUAACCCCUGGGUUAGAGUGGCAUCGUAACAUGGCCAAGGCCUAUCCAAGACUUCAUGUCUUCUGGGCUGGUUGGAAACCGGUUGUAGGGCUGAAUCAUCCAGACUCGAUUCGGAAAAUUCUCACCGACAGUGUCGGAACAGUGAAAAGUUCACUUUAUGGUUUGUUUGAAGAAUGGCUCGGUCGAAGCAUGGCUCUAACAGAUGGUGACCUGUGGAAAAGACACAGGAAACUCAUUACAGGCACUUUCCACUUCAACGUUCUCAAGAAUAACAUUCCCAAGAUAAACCAGGUAGCAGAGACCUUGGUUUCCGUGAUCGCGCAGAGAUGUGAAGAAGGAAAGCCCCUAGAACUCUACAAAUCAAUGAGUUUAUUUUCCAGUGACGUCAUUCUUCAGUGUGCAUUUUCCUACAAGUCUGAUUGUCAAAAGGUCGAAUCACAAUUCGUACAGUCAUCCCACAACUUGAUGGAUAUCGUUGCGAAACGAUCCUUUAGCCCGGUCUUACCGUUUAAAUUCAUCUUCCGGAGAUCUUCCCUCUACAAACCAUGGAGAAAGGGGAUUGAUGUCCUUCAUGAAUGUAUCGAAAAAAUAAUUUCGGAACGAAGAGAGGAACACAAAACGAGGGGAUCUAACUUAGAAUACUUUAAAGGGAUGGAUUUCCUUGACACAGUAAUGUUAGCCAAAGACUCUGAAGGAGGACUAACGGAUGAAGAGAUCAGAGACGAGGCAAAUACCUUCUUGGUUGCCGGAAUUGAUACGACAUCUAGCGCCCUCACUUGGCUGUUGUAUUUGUUGGCAACCCAUCCAGAAUACCAGACCAAGGUACAGGAAGAGGUUGAUGAACUCUUCAAAGAUCGUACAAAUCGAGAGAUAUACAGUGAUGAUCUUCGCAAUACUCCAUUUCUGUUGAAAUGCAUCAAGGAAAGUCAGCGUAUUUACUCGACAAUAGCACCAGGCCGCCUCUUAACCGAACCAUUGGUUGUCGAUGGUCUAAUCGUCCCAGCAGGAACCGAGAUUACCAUCUUCGUCUACCAACUCCAUCACAAUCCUGAUGUGUGGGGAGAUGAUCUUAUGGCAUUCAAACCAAGCCGCUUUGAUCGCGAGAACGUCGAGAGUCGAGAUGCAUUCGCUUUCAUUCCUUUCUCGGCUGGUGCGCGUAACUGCAUCGGCCAACAUUUCGCGCUUCAGGAGAUGCAAAUAGCAGCGAUUCGAAUGUUCGACAAGUUUGGCUUUACUUUGCUCCAGGAUUCCAUUCCAGUCUUCAGAUUAGUUAGCGCACCACAGGAUGAAAUAUUACUUGGCAUUCAUCCAAGGAAUGAAGAGUAAUAUUCUAAAAGUCAAUUUAAU